UCGACUGAUCUCAGGAUGAGCGGAAGAGGCAAGGGCGGCAAAGGACUCGGUAAAGGGGGCGCUAAGCGUCACCGUAAAGUUCUCCGUGAUAACAUCCAGGGCAUCACCAAGCCCGCCAUCCGCCGUCUGGCUCGCCGCGGCGGAGUGAAGCGUAUCUCCGGUCUGAUCUACGAGGAGACCCGCGGUGUGCUCAAGGUCUUCCUGGAGAACGUGAUCCGCGAUGCCGUCACCUACACCGAGCACGCCAAGAGGAAGACUGUGACCGCCAUGGAUGUGGUCUACGCUCUGAAGAGGCAGGGCCGCACCCUGUACGGCUUCGGAGGUUAAACCUGAUCCCGAGAAACUACAACAACACAACGGCUCUUUUAAGAGCCACC